CCUCUGGGUGCGCUGCUGUGUCUCUUUAAGUACAGCAGGCAGUGCUGUUGGUCCGUGUGGGAGCGCAGGACGCACGGUGCGGCGCGGCGUCAAACAGCCUCUCUUCACAUCGGACAGUCGACAGAGAAGACAGGUCGGCCGUCCGCCUGCAUCAAUCACAUUUCAACGUGGGGCCAGCUGACCGCGGCCAGUGACACGGGAAGUGGACCAGGUCUCCUCGUGGGCUGAUGUGGACCGCUGAUCCUCCAUGGCCAUUUGCGUUGCUCCCUCCUUCUCCGACUGAAAGAUAGCAGCGUGUAGCGGUUUAUCUGCGGUACCGUACACUGAACAGCACCGAGUGCUACACGAGCUAAGGAGAUUGGCAAACCAACGUGAGUGAUCUGCAGAUGAAAGCCCAGGACAAGCAGGGGACCAGAGCGCAGAUGUGUCUGAAUUACCGUGAAGAUGAACCAUCAUGUCAGAGUCGGUGAGAUCCUCAGCUGAGUUGCAUCAAACCAUCUGCUGAAGCCUCCCCUUGACUGGUGCUUAAGAUGGAGAGUCACGCCCUCUCUCUCGGUGAAUAGCCAGCCUCAACAAGGGGAAAGGAUCUCAGCUCAGCCUGUAAAUAAAACCUUCCUCCUUCUGCACAACCUGGGAGAAAGUGCCACUGUGGGGCCGGUGUGGCAUCUCUGUAGGCUGAUAACUGGAGUGAACGCGGUCUUGAGGGAUCAUCUUUCACUCUGAGCCACUCAGCUUUCAUGCCGCGGCCCCGUAGCCGGCUCUCAGGGCUGAACUGUCAGCAGGGAAGGCAGAGAGACUCUCACGUGGAUUCAAUCAACAGAGCAGCCCAGUGCACAGGUGUAAAGCCUCUUCCACAUGAUACUGAAGAGGCGUAUAUGAGGGAAUAGUCAUGCUAUUGUUUGGAGGACCUUCAUACAGGAUUAAGACACUUUAACUGACUUUUUCUUAAUUUUUGUUUGGGCUGUGUGGUGGGAACAGGGACAGCUGGUGUUGAAUCUUCUGCUUUAUGAGUUUUCAUCACUGGGAAAGCGUGUCUGAGUGGCAGGGGGAGCCAGCAUGGCCAAGCCUCUGCUGAAGAUACAGCGCUAUUUCCGCAGGAAACCUAUUCGAUUUUUUUCCCUCAUCCUCCUCUACCUGACCGCCGGGAGCCUCGUCUUCCUGCAUUCUGGCUUCGUCGGGGACAGCAGCCCUGGGGCCAGAGGCGGCCGAAACUCGGUGGUAGCCUCAGAGAUGGGAAGCCGCACUUCAAUGGCAGGCGCUCGGGGGCUCGGCAUCAUGAGUAGAGUGUUUAAAGAGACCCGCAGGUCUGGACGGAGGUAUGGCCCUCCGUGGAUGAAAAGGGCCAGACAGGAGGGCCAGGAGGUGGUGCGCAGGGGGGGAGACUAUACCAACAACUGGAACCGUGCCCUUAAAGGACGCAGUGCCAAAGACGCAGACAAUGGAAGAGCAAAGUAUUUCGGCUGCUACAUUGAUGAUACACAAAGAAGAGCGCUGAGAGGAGUUUCCUUUUUUGACUACAAAAAAAUGACUGUAUUUCGCUGCCAGGACAACUGUGCAGAAAGAGGGUACAUGUACGCAGGUCUGGAGUUCGGAGCCGAGUGCUACUGCGGUCACAAGAUCCAGGCUCCCAAUGCUUCAGAUAGCGAAUGCAAUAUGGAGUGUAAAGGAGAGAAGAGCAACCUGUGCGGAGGAGCCAACCGACUGUCCAUCUAUAGGUUGGAGCUGAGCCAGGAGUCUGCACGCCGUUAUGGCAGUGCCAUUUUCAAAGGGUGUUUCCACAGGCCAGACAAUGUCAGUCUGGCACUUCCCUUCAGCGCCGUCAUCCAAAACAUGUCUGUGGACAAAUGUGUGGACAUGUGCACGGAGAGGGAGAAAACGCUGGCCAUCCUGGCUGGAGAUCGAUGUCUCUGCGGCUUCCCGACUCCUCUCUUCUCCCUUCAUGAGCCAGAGGACGAGGGCAUGUGUCUCCACCGCUGCCACGGGGAAGAGUUCGAGAGCUGCGAGGACGACGAGUACUUUGUGGUUUACCAGACACAGGUUCAAGAUAACCGCUGCAUGGACCGGCACUUCCUUCCCACUCGUGCCAAGCAGCUGGUGGCCCUCGCCAGUUUCCCUGGAGCCGGAAACACCUGGGCUCGCCACCUGAUAGAACUCGCCACUGGUUUCUACACUGGCAGCUAUUACUUUGAUGGCUCCCUUUACAAUAAAGGAUUUAAAGGGGAGCGGGACCACUGGCGGAGUGGGAGGACGGUCUGCAUUAAGACGCAUGAGAGCGGCAAGAAGGAGAUCGAAUCCUUUGACUCCAGCGUCCUCAUGAUCCGAAACCCCUACAAAGCCCUCAUGGCUGAAUUUAACAGAAAAUAUGGCGGCCACAUUGGAUUUGCUUCUCAGGCCCACUGGAAAGGGAAAGAAUGGCCUGAGUUUGUGAAGAACUAUGCCCCGUGGUGGGCGUCCCACACGUUGGACUGGCUGAAUUAUGGGAAGGUCGUCCAUGUGGUCCACUUUGAGAACGUGAAGAGGGACCUGUUCUCCCAGCUGAAGGGAAUGGUGCAGUUUCUGGGUUUGAAGGUUUCGGAAGACCGGCUUCUCUGCGUCGAGGGCCAGAAGGAUGGAAACUUUAAGCGAUCCGGGCUCCGAAAGCUUGAAUAUGACCCCUAUACUCCAGAAAUGCGAGCGAACAUCAACGAACUGAUCAGAACAGUAGACGCUGUCUUAAGGAAAAGGAACAUGUCUGGAGUUCCAGAGGAUUAUAUGCCAAGAUGAUAUACGUGAUCCCCUCAUUUUAUUUUUUCCCUUUUUGUAAUUGGACUGUUGUCGACAGACUACAGGAUUACGUUACCGAAAAAGGGUUUUCUAUUAUUUUUCUGUGAACAUAGGUUGAAGCCGUCUCUUUUCCCUCUUAUUUUGAUGUUCUAUUAAUGUUCUUUUAUUUUCUUUUGAACCUCAGCAUCUUCAUGCAUUAAUAAAAGAGGCAGUUUUAACUGCA